AACUGCGUCGCAACACGGUGAUAUUUCCGAAGCGCGCUUGGAUAAAUUUUGCAAAAAGCGGUGCAUAGCCCGAAUACUUUUUUUCUGUGCCGCUCCCAAUGGGCGACUCCGACGAUCUCGUCCGCCUUCACAUCACGCCGUUUGACGCCGAGUUGGUCAAGGUUGUGAUUCCCGCCUCAGUGCUCCCGGUCGCUCGUAAUAUCUCCUACCAUACGAUUGAAACAUUUCCGGAAAAUCGAUACGGAUUUGUCGAACUUCCCGAGGCGGAUGCGGAUAAACUGAAGAAGAAGCUGAACGGAGCGACUCUGAAGGGGUGCAAGAUGCGGAUUGAAAAGGCUCGCCCUGAGGCGCGGAUAGAGCCGACCGGGGAAGAGGAGGAAGUUCCUGAAAAGAAGAAGAAAUCAUCUAAAGAAGGCAAAGAUAAGUCCAAGAAACGAAAGCGAGAGGUGGAUGUUUUGGAGGGCGUGGCGCUGCAUGAUCGCCAGAUAAAGCGAGGAUGGACCGAGACACCGUCAACGAAUAAGAAGAAGGCGAGAAAGGACAAGGACAGCAAGGAUAAAGAGAAAAGCAAAGAGAAAGAGAAGAGAAAGCGACCAAAGUCCAAAUACACAGAAGGAGAAGAGUGCCUGUUGAAGACAAAGCUGCCGCCAAACACUCUGAAGAACCUGGCUCCCGGAGAAUUGGAGCACAAGAAGAGAAGCAAAAAGAAGGGCGGCGCACGAGAGGUUGUCAUCCAUGAGUUUGAGAAGACUACAAAAUUCCCCACUUUCCUCAAAGCUUCUGUUACAACGGACCGGAAAAAGGCGGCCGAGUAUGUGGAAGGAAAGGGAUGGGUUGACGAAGAGGGCAACAUUGUGGAGGAGGUAAAGGAGAAGGAGAAACCAAAGGCACCACAGCGGUCGAAGAAAGCCCCCAAACCGAAGCCAGAGCCUGAAGAAUCGGAAGACGAUAGCACCAGCAGCAGUGGUACUUCAUCGGAAGGCACAUCGUCAGAAGAUGAGUCUGAAGAUGAGUCUGAAAAGGAGGUUAAAGCCGAGGCAAAAGUGAAAGCUAAAGGAACCCCCAAAGCCGCUCCCCCUGCUGCAAGCAAGGUUGACGACGAGGAGAAGGACGACGACAGUGAUACGUCAAGCGACGACUCAAGCGAGAGCGAGGAUUCAGAUGGAGAGGAAGAACAGCCCUCGAAAGCUGCAGAGAAGGCUACGCCCAAAUCUACAUCCAAAGCCAGCGGAUCUAAAUCCACCCCGGGAAGCAUCAAGCCCCUGGCGAUCAAGAUUCCACCUCCCGAGAUACCGUCAAAUGUCGAAGUACACCCUCUAGAGGCUCUGUAUAAGCGGCCCAAACCCGACGGUGAUGCACCCACGUCCGCCCCCAAAGACGAACCCUUCAGCUUCUUCGGAGGCGGCGGCGACGACGAGGACGAGGAGGUGGAAGGGCAGUCCUCCCAAGCCGCUCCAGCCACCGUGCCCAUGACACCUUUUACCCGCCAAGAAUUUGAUUGGCGCAACACGCGAAGUGCCGCCCCAACUCCAGAUACAGCUCAUCCAUCACGCAUGCGCUUCUGGGGUGCUUCUCCCGAAAAGGACGUGGAAAUGGGAGACGUCGAUGCAGCCGACGAACAAGAGGAAGAAGAAGAAGAGGGAGAGGAGGAAGUCUACGGAGAAGGUGAAGACGAUGAAAAUCCUGCACAGGGGAAGCUUUCCGCCACAACCGAUUUCCAGAAGUGGUUCUGGGAGAAUAGGAGGGAUUUGAACAAGUCGUGGAUGACUCGUAGGAAGACGGCGGCGAAGGAGAAGAGACAUCGGGAGAACAAAGCGAGGGCGUCAAAGGCAGUGUAAAAGCGCAUUUUUUUCUUCUUCAUCCUACUGGCAUGAUACGGAGUAUGAUCAUUUUCAUUGAUAGCUUUCUGUGAAGAAUAUCUCUUGUAUAAUCCUAUCUGAUGUAGUGUCAAGGUAUAUUUGAUG